AGACAGAGUGAGCGAGGAGCUGCUCCAAGUUACUGUGUACAAGGACUCGGAGACGACACCAACCAUGGAUCAUCUCGUGCGUAAAUAGCACCAGCUCAACGUGUGCCAAAAUACGCACGGUCGCCACAUCCGGACAUAUGUUGGAGACGCACCGCGGUCAUGGAGGGUCUACAAGCCGAACACCCCGGACUGGACAUUGGGGAGGAGGAGGAGAAGUACCGCGCUCUCGCCUUGGACACGGCUCUGAGCACUCUGGCGGCUGUGCUCGUGUACGUUGUGGUGAAAGUGAGUGUGGAUGGCAUCAGGCAUUGGCGAGCACGGGUGUCAGUGCUGAUCGUGGGCUCGGGACCCGUGGGGCUCACCGCUGCCCUGGUCGCUGUCCGCUCGGGGAAGGUGCUGAAGCUGACCGUGCUGGACGAGAGGUACCGGAGCUCGCUGCUGUGCCGGCCCCAGCAGAUCGCACUGGACCCCCGCAGCGUGAGGUUCCUCCUCGGGCUCGGGGUGGACUUCGAUAACAUGGAGGGCUGCUGGCACAACGAACAUUUCUUCACCCGGAUAGGCGUGUUUCAGGAGUAUUUGCUGAGUAUUUUGGAGCAGAGGAAGCAUAAGGUGGACGUGAAGGUGCAGCUCGGGACCAAGUUCUCUGAGGAGUACGUGCGGCGCCUUCCCUCCACGGACUGGCCCCAGGUCAUCGUGGUGGCCGACGGGUCCUGUGGAGACACCUGCUCUGUGCUGGGACUGAGCUCAGACUACACUGUGGAGUCCUGUCAGGCCUAUGGAGCUAACGCUACAAUAGAGAGACUAGACCAGAGACAGGUGCCCACUCCUGAGAUCCGUGCUCACAGCCUGUUCUUCGACCUGUCUGCGUAUGGUGUGGAGGCCCUCAGGGAACACAAGAGUCCCUCAGCCAAACCAGGCUUCCACCUCAAGAUCUAUGGAACCUUCAGGAACCGCUACAUGGCCUUGGUCUGCCCCGCUUCUGACACCAAAAUGGUCCGCUUCCUCCGUCACACCGCCAAUGCCUCUAUUAUGAAGAACAUUUUCCAUCAAUCGUUUAACGUGUAUAAGACAGACAUCGAACCGCGCCUGAGUGAGGUGACCCUGCACCAGCUCCAGUGCUCCAGGCGCCUGUUCGAAGUGCAGCUGUCCCACCGCACUGUCAGCGCUGCCUACAUCACCGGGGACAACGUCGCCGUCGUUGUGGAGGGGGAGGCGGCCCGUGUGCUCAGCCUCGACACAGGUUGUGGAGUGAACCUGGGUCUGCGUGGUUUGGAGUCUUUGGGGACCUUCAUCUAUGGCAUGGCUACAGCAGUGGAUCAGAGCGACGUGCUGGAAGCUCUGUCAGCCAAAAUGAGUCAUUCCAAGCAAGUGUCCCAGGACUUUAAACGAACGGGCCUGUCUGAGGCCAUGUACCACUGACUGCUGCCCUCUAGUGGAGCUUUUCUGUACCAAUCAUGUGCCACCCGUGUUUGGAGUAGGCUGUUCAGUUGAGAUAGACCUACUGCUGACCCUAAGUGACCAUAUAUAAGGAUUAAAACUAUAUGGUGAUAUUGUUGUUAUUGUCUUUAAAGUGAUAGUAUGUAACUUUCUGGAGGUGGAAAGUCAACUGCAUGAUUCCAUGAAAAUAGAAUGUUCUUCAAAAUACUUCAGAAUAUUCUCCAUGGAGAAAGAUAUGUUUUAUACCAUACUGUGUAAGGUUAUAGCCAAAGGAACAACAUCUCUAGGGAAACAAGCAAGAAGAAGGCCAAAUAAGAGUCAGGUUUGUGGAGAUGUGAGCCAACCAAGAGUAAGGACACAUGUUUUACUUUUAUUCAGUGCAAUAAAAACAUCCAUCAUCA